AUGGCUGCCCUCAGAAGACCAGCGGACGCCGACACCCAGCUCGCGACCCGAGAGGCCCUCCCUAGAGAGAGCGCUCGGCGCCCGGGGGCGGGCGGCCACCGACUUUCAACCAAUCGCCCCCGGGCAGCGGGGGACCAGCGUCCUGCGGAUCCCUGCACGAGGCACUGCCCGCCCCCCCCCCCCGCCCCCGAAGCGAACCGCCCUCGGAGUCCCAACGGCCCAAGCCUGGGUGGUGGCCGCCGAGAUCCGGAGCAGCUGGGCCACCUGGGUGGUCCGCGGUUGCAGACAGCGGCCUUGCGGCUUGCAGGAGGGGAGGCAAAGGGCAGCAGCAUGGACCCGCCCGAGGGGGAGGCGGAGGGCCACCCUCCCGAGACCCCGCCCGCGGCGGCGGCGGCGGCGGCCCCGGCCCCCGCGGAGGAUGCCGCCCCGCCCGCUCCCUCCGAGGGACAAGGCCUGCGGCCUCCCGGCGCCUCGGUGUCCGAUUACCGCAGUCUCAUCCCUUCGGACGAGGAGGUCAUCCUCCCUGAAGAGGACGAGUCGGCUCCGGGCCGGGUCCGGCCCAGGAUUGGCCCCCGGCCCGUGCAGUCGGGGCUUUCGGAGACGCUUGCCCAGUCGGGCCGGCGUCCCUCCAAAUUCCGCCGCAGCAUGAGUGGCAUCCCGAACUUGCAGGAGACCCUGAAAGAGAGACAGGCAAGAUUUAGAGAAGCAAGGGAAGCCCGAAAAAUGAGCAUCGACCCAUCAUACAAAUAUAUAUUUGAAAUUCUAGCCGACAAACUUGGCCUGGACCUGGUGACUGUCGAAGAAUUAAUAUUGGAUUGCCCAUCACUGGACCCAUUUCUCCGUUUUUUUGAGAAAGAUGGCUAUAAGACAUUGAAGUUUUUGUACCAGGAAGGAGAUGUGCCAGGUCUUGAAUGUGGUCGAACUUUUGCCGGAGUACCAAAGGGCGCAAAGAUAAUGAGAUUGUACAUAGACAGCGCAGCCCCGGAGAAACUGAAAGGACUGUGUGUAUUUUUCGUUCGCUGCCGUAAUGAUGUAGCUGUAAAUACUAAAGGUGUUCAUGAGGAGGUGCUAUUUACUGUCUUGGAUGCCUCAAAAGGACUGUUAAAUGGGAUCAAGAACAUGCUGUCAAACAUAUUUCUACCAGCUAUCCUUGCAACAAACAACUGGGGAGCUUUGAACCAGUCCAAGCAGGGAGAGUCUGAGAAGCACCUUUUCACUGAAACCAUCAACAGAUACCUUUCAUUUUUAGAUGGUGCUCGAAUAAGCAUUGAGGGAACAGUGAUGUUAAAGAAGAUUGACAAUAUCGACUUUUCCAGACUUCACACCUUCGAGGAGGUGACGUCUGCAGCGAGCAAUUCUGAGCUUGUGCAUCAGCUGGAGGAGGUGCUGAUGAUAUGGUACAAGCAGAUUGAGCAGGUCCUGAUUGAGAGCGAGCAGAUGCGGAAGGAAGCCGACGACUCAGGCCCACUCACUGAAUUAGAGCACUGGAAACGUAUGUCAGCCAAGUUCAACUACAUCAUCGAACAGAUUAAAGGGCCCAGCUGUAAGGCUGUCAUAAAUGUGCUCAAUGUCGCCCACUCCAAACUGUUAAAGAAUUGGCGUGAUUUGGAUGCAAGAAUCACUGAUACGGCAAAUGAAUCCAAAGAUAAUGUUAGGUAUCUGUACACUCUGGAAAAAGUCUGCCAGCCACUCUAUAACUAUGACCUAGUUUCCAUGGCACAUGGGAUACAGAACUUGAUCAAUGCCAUCAGAAUGAUUCACAGUGUGUCAAGGUAUUACAAUACGUCAGAGAGGAUGACCUCAUUAUUCAUCAAGGUAACAAACCAAAUGGUGACGGCGUGUAAGGCAUAUAUUACUGAUGGAGGAGUAAACCAUGUGUGGGAUCAGGAAACACCAGUUGUGCUAAAGAAAAUUCAGGAUUGCAUUUUUCUCUUCAAGGAAUACCAGGCAUCUUUUCACAAAACGAGGAAACAGAUUUUAGACUCCUCAGGGGAAAAAUCCUUUGAGGUGUCGGAAAUGUAUAUAUUUGGAAAAUUCGAAGCCUUCUGCAAAAGACUGGAGAAGAUUACGGAAAUGAUAACUAUUGUGCAAAGAUACUCAGCCUUGAGUCACUCUACAAUCGAAGGGAUAGAUAUUAUGGCGAUAAAAUUCAAAAAUAUCUACCAAGGGAUAAAGAAAAACCAAUAUGACAUUCUGGAUCCACGAAGGACAGAAUUUGACACAGAUUUCUUAGAGUUUAUGACAAAAAUCAAUGGUUUAGAGGUACAAAUCCAGGCAUUUAUGAGUAGUACUUUUGGUAAGAUCUUCUCUUCUCAGCUGGCCCUUCAGCUGCUUCAAAGAUUUCAGAAGCUGAACAUUCCCUGUCUGCAGGUAGAAAUCUCUCACACAAUUGAGCAAAUUCUCCAGUGUUAUGUGGCUGAACUUGAAGCUACCAAGAAGCUUUAUCAUUCUCAGAAAGAUGACCCCCCUCUUGCUCGUAACAUGCCCCCCGUAGCGGGCAAAAUUCUUUGGGUGAGGCAGCUAUAUCGGCGGAUAAAUGAGCCCAUCAACUAUUUCUUUAAAAACUCGGACAUUUUGUCAAGUGUUGAAGGGAAAGCUGUCAUCCGGCAAUAUAACAAGAUCUCCUAUGCGCUGGUGGAGUUUGAGGUGGUCUACCACACCGCUUGGGUCAAGGAGAUUUCCCAGCUACAGUACGCCUUACAGGCCACGCUCUUUGUGCGGCAUCCAGAAACGGGGAAGUUGCUGGUCAAUUUUGAUCCCAAAAUUUUGGAGAUCGUACGGGAAACUAAGUGCAUGAUAAAGAUGAAGCUGGACGUUCCAGAGCAGGCCAAGAGGCUGCUGAAAUUGGAGACCAAGGUGAAGGCAGACAAACUGUAUUUGCAGGGUCUUCUGCAGUAUUACGACGAGUUAUGUCAGGAAGUCCCUUCCGUGUUUGUCAAUCUCAUGACUCCCAAAAUGAAAAAGGUGGAGUCUGUGUUGAGGCAGGGGCUCACGAUAUUAACGUGGUCGUCGUUGAUGUUGGACAGCUUCUAUCAAGAAGUUGAAUCUGUCUUGGAAAUGUUCCAUCAGCUUUUAAAGAAGGUCAAUGACUUGUGUGAAAUGAACAUUGACACAGUUCUAAAGGAAAUAGCCAAAACCGUGUUAAUUUCCUUGCCGGAAAGCGGUGCGACCAAAGUAGAAGACAUGCUGACCCUCAAUGAGACCUACACAAAAGAAUGGGCCGACAUUCUAAACCACAAAAGUAAGCAUGUGGAAGAGGCUGUGAAGGAGCUGAUAUUAAUAUUUGAGCAGAUUUAUGAAGUGAAGAACACUGGGAAGGCAGGAAAGCCCAUUCCAGAGCAGCGGAAACAUGUUGUGUUUGGAAGCGAGAAUGAAGAGGGCGAUAGCCUUGACUAUGAGGCCGACGUGAAAGACACUGACACCAAUGAUAAAGAAGAUGAGUUUAAAAAGGAAUGCAAAGAAGUCUAUGCUUUUUUCUCUCAUCAAUUACUAGACAGUCUUCAAAAAGCCACACGCUUAUCUUUGGACACAAUGAAAAGGAGAAUAUUUGUUUCAAGCCAGGGACGAAAACGGUCAGAUGAUAUUAUUUCCUUUAUAAGAACUGAAGUACACCUUGCCAUUCCUAAUGUGGUCAUGGUUCCCAGUCUGGACGACAUUCAGCAAGCCAUCAACCGCAUGAUCCAGUUUACGCUGGAGGUCAGCAGAGGAGUGGCUCACUGGGGCCAGCAGCAGGUGCGCAGAAUAAAGUCUGUGGCCAACAGCACCUCCCGCAGUACUGACGUCAACCAGGCAGGCACGGGGAAGCCGCUGAAGAGGGACGAAAGAGCUUUUGAAGAGACUGUGCCUGCAAGGAAACUGAAGAACUUUUACCCCGGGGUGGCGGAGCACAAGGACAUCUCCAAGCUGGUCCUUCUCCUUUCUUCCUCCGUGAAUUCUCUACGAAAGGUGGCCCAAGAGGCCCUGCAGGACUUUCAGAAGUACAAAACCCUCUGGACAGAGGACCGGGAUGUGAAAGUGAAGGAGUUUUUGGCCAACAACCCAUCUCUGUCUGAAAUCAGAUCGGAAAUUCUCCACUACGCAACCUUCGAACAGGAGAUCGACGAGCUGAAGCCCAUCAUUGUCGUGGGAGCGCUUGAACUGCAUACGGAGCCAAUGAAAUUAGCCUUAUCAAUUGAGGCUAAGGCGUGGAAAAUGCUACUGUGUCGGUAUCUGAAUGAAGAAUACAAGAAGAAGAUGUCAGACAUGAUAGCGUUUAUCAAUGAGUAUUUGAAAAAGUUAUCUAGACCUAUCCGUGAUUUGGAUGAUGUCAGAUUUGCAAUGGAAGCCUUGUCCUGUAUCCGUGACAAUGAAAUUCAGAUGGACAUGACUUUGGGACCAAUUGAAGAAGCCUAUGGUAUUUUGAACAGGUUUGAAGUUGAAGUAACCAAGGAGGAAUCCGAAGCGGUUGACACCUUGAGAUAUUCCUUCAACAAGCUGCAGAGCAAAGCCGUUUCCGUGCAAGAUGAGCUAGUUCAAGUGCAGCCCAAGUUUAAAAGCAAUCUGCUCGAGUCUGUGGAGGUCUUUCGUGAUGAUGUCACAAACUUUGCCGAAGCUUACGAGUUGGAAGGACCUAUGGUUCCAAACAUACCUCCCCAAGAAGCUAGCAACAGACUACAAAUAUUUCAGGCCAAUUUCGAUGAUCUAUGGAGGAAAUUUGUUACGUAUUCAUCUGGUGAACAGCUUUUUGGAUUGCCUGUGACUGACUAUGAGGUUUUGCACAAAACCAGGAAAGAACUCAACUUGCUACAGAAGCUGUAUGGCCUGUAUGAUACCGUCAUGAGCAGCAUUAGCGGUUAUUAUGAGAUACUCUGGGGAGAUGUAGACAUUGAGAAAAUCAAUGCAGAACUGCAGGAAUUUCAGAACAGAUGUCGUAAACUCCCGAAGGGACUUAAAGAUUGGCAAGCUUUUCUGGAUCUCAAGAAAAGAAUUGAUGAUUUCAGUGAGUCAUGCCCUCUACUAGAAAUGAUGACCAAUAAGGCCAUGAAACAGAGACACUGGGACCGUAUCUCUGAGUUAACUGGAACCCCAUUCGACGUGGAGUCUGAUUCCUUUUGUCUUAAAAAUAUCAUGGAAGCACCACUCCUUAAAAACAAGGAUGAUAUUGAGGACAUUUGCAUAUCGGCCAUUAAGGAAAAGGACAUUGAAGCCAAGCUGACUCAGGUGGUUGAGAACUGGACCAACCAAAACCUGAGUUUUGCGGCGUUUAAGGGCAAGGGAGAGCUCCUGCUCAAAGGAACCGAAUCGGGAGAAAUCAUCACCCUCAUGGAGGACAGUUUAAUGGUCCUGGGUUCUUUGCUAAGCAACAGAUAUAAUGCACCAUUUAAGAAAAGUAUCCAGAAUUGGGUGUAUAAAUUGUCCACUUCCUCAGAUAUCAUUGAAGAGUGGCUGGUGGUACAGAACCUUUGGGUCUAUCUUGAAGCUGUCUUUGUCGGUGGAGAUAUUGCUAAACAGCUGCCUCAGGAAGCGAAACGUUUCCAGAAUAUCGAUAAGUCAUGGAUAAAAAUAAUGCAGAGAGCUCAUGAGAAUCCCAACGUAAUUAGUUGCUGUGUGGGAGAUGAAACCAUGGGGCAGCUUCUGCCGCAUUUACAUGAACAGCUGGAGGUGUGUCAGAAGUCCUUGACAGGGUAUCUGGAGAAGAAGCGUUUAUUAUUCCCUCGGUUCUUCUUCGUGUCGGAUCCAGUUCUCCUGGAAAUCCUUGGACAGGCCAGUGAUUCCCACACCAUCCAGCCACAUCUCCCUGCAGUGUCUGACAAUAUAAAUGAGGUGACCUUUCACCCAAAAGACUAUGAUCGGAUGAUGGCUGUCAUCUCAAGAGAAGGAGAAAAAAUAGUGUUGGAUAAUUCCGUUAUGGCCAAGGGUCCUGUGGAGAUUUGGCUUUUGGACUUGUUAAAAGUGCAGAUGUUGUCAUUACAUAAUAUAAUUCGGUCUGCAUUCUAUCAAAUCAGCGAUUCGGGAUUUCAGCUCUUACCUUUCCUCCAGCACUUUCCAGCACAGGUUGGGCUUCUGGGAAUUCAGAUGUUGUGGACUCGUGACUCGGAAGAGGCAUUGAAUAACGCGAAAGAUGACAGGAGAAUCAUGCAAAUAACCAACCAGAAGUUUCUGGAUAUUCUGAACACUCUUAUUAGUCAGACGACACACGACCUAUCCAAGUUUGACAGAGUGAAGUUUGAAACCCUAAUCACCAUCCAUGUGCAUCAGAGAGACAUUUUUGAUGACUUGGUAAAAAUGCACAUCAAAUCAGUUACUGAUUUUGAAUGGCUGAAACAGAGCAGAUUCUAUUUUAAGGAAGAUUUGGAUCAAACUGUCGUAUCGAUUACAGACGUUGAUUUUAUUUACCAAAAUGAAUUUCUGGGAUGCACCGACCGCCUGGUUAUCACUCCAUUGACAGAUAGGUGCUACAUCACGCUGGCGCAGGCUCUGGGCAUGAACAUGGGAGGUGCGCCAGCAGGCCCCGCGGGCACCGGCAAGACGGAAACCACGAAGGACAUGGGCAGGUGUCUGGGGAAAUACGUGGUUGUGUUCAACUGCUCCGAUCAAAUGGAUUUCAGAGGCCUGGGAAGGAUUUUCAAAGGUCUCGCACAGUCAGGUUCCUGGGGCUGUUUUGAUGAGUUUAACAGAAUUGAAUUGCCUGUAUUAUCCGUGGCGGCCCAGCAAAUUUACAUCGUUUUGACAGCAAGGAAAGAGAGGAAAAAGCAGUUCAUUUUUUCUGAUGGCGACUGCGUUGAUUUAAACCCAGAAUUUGGAAUCUUCUUAACAAUGAACCCUGGAUAUGCUGGGCGCCAGGAACUGCCAGAAAACUUAAAAAUCCAGUUUAGAACUGUUGCUAUGAUGGUUCCUGAUAGACAGAUCAUUAUGCGAGUUAAACUCGCAAGCUGUGGUUUUCUUGAAAAUGUCAUCUUGGCUCAGAAGUUUUAUGUGCUUUACAAACUCUGUGAAGAGCAGCUGACUAAACAGGUUCACUAUGACUUUGGGUUGAGAAAUAUCCUGUCUGUACUGAGGACCCUUGGAGCCCAGAAAAGAGCCAGACCGGAAGACAGUGAGCUGAGCACCGUCAUGAGAGGACUGAGGGACAUGAACCUUUCCAAACUGGUUGAUGAAGACGAACCUCUGUUCCUCAGCUUAAUCAACGACCUGUUCCCGGGGCUGCAGCUGGAUAGCAGCACCUACGUGGAGCUGCAAGCCGCAGUGGCAAACCAGGUCCAGCUGGAAGGUUUGAUUAACCACCCACCCUGGAACCUCAAACUGGUGCAGCUGUACGAGACGUCUCUGGUGCGGCACGGCCUGAUGACUCUUGGACCCAGCGGGUCCGGGAAGACAGCCGUCAUCACGGUUCUGAUGAAGGCCUUAACGGAAUGCGGGAGACCUCACAGAGAAAUGCGAAUGAACCCCAAAGCCAUUACAGCGCCCCAGAUGUUUGGCCGGCUGGAUACAGCUACCAACGACUGGACAGAUGGGAUUUUUUCUACUCUGUGGAGGAAAACCUUAAAAGCGAAAAAAGGCGAAAACAUUUUCCUCAUUUUAGAUGGGCCCGUGGAUGCCAUUUGGAUCGAGAAUUUAAAUUCUGUGUUGGAUGAUAACAAGACCCUCACGCUGGCUAACGGGGAUCGCAUCCCCAUGGCCCCUAGCUGCAAGCUGCUCUUCGAGGUGCACAACAUCGAGAAUGCCUCCCCGGCUACGGUGUCGCGGAUGGGCAUGGUCUACAUCAGCAGUUCCGCCCUCACCUGGAGGCCCAUCUUGCAGGCCUGGCUGAAGAAACGCACUGCGCAGGAAUCCUCCGUGUUCCUCACUCUGUAUGACAAGGCAUUUGAAGAAACGUACACGUAUAUGAAGCUGAACCUGAACCCCAAGAUGCAACUCUUGGAGUGCAACUACAUCAUGCAGUCUCUCAAUCUUCUGGAAGGUUUGAUUCCCUCCAAAGAAGAAGGCGGUAUUUCGUGUGUUGAACAUCUUCAUAAGCUAUUUGUGUUUGGUCUAAUGUGGAGUUUAGGCGCUCUUCUGGAAUUGGAUAGCAGAGAAAAACUCGAAGCCUUUUUGCGAAGCCAUAGCAGCAAGUUGGACUUACCAGAAAUACCCAGCGGCACCAAUCAUACCAUGUAUGAGUUUUAUGUCACCGAUUACGGUGAUUGGGAACACUGGAACAAGAGACUUCAGCCAUACUACUACCCAACGGACAGCAUUCCGGAAUAUUCAUCAAUUUUGGUCCCAAAUGUUGACAACAUUAGAACGAAUUUUUUGAUAGACACCAUUGCAAAGCAACAUAAAGCUGUUUUGCUCACAGGGGAGCAGGGGACGGCGAAGACUGUGAUGGUGAAGGCGUACCUCAAAAAGUAUGACCCCGAGGUGCAGCUGUCCAAGUGCCUCAACUUCUCAUCCGCCACAGAGCCAAUGAUGUUCCAGAGAACAAUUGAAAGCUACGUGGAUAAGAGAAUGGGGAGCACCUACGGGCCCCCAGGAGGGAGGAAGAUGACAGUAUUUAUUGAUGACAUUAACAUGCCUGUGAUUAACGAGUGGGGAGAUCAGAUCACCAAUGAGAUCGUGCGCCAGAUGAUGGAGAUGGAGGGCAUGUAUAGCCUGGACAAGCCUGGGGACUUCACGACCAUAGUGGACGUGCAGCUCAUAGCGGCAAUGAUUCACCCUGGAGGAGGCCGGAACGACAUCCCGCAGCGCCUCAAACGACAGUUCACCGUGUUUAACUGCACACUGCCUUCAAAUAAUUCAAUAGACAAAAUUUUUGGAAUUAUUGGUUGUGGUUAUUUUGACCCUUGCAGAAAAUUCAAACCUGAGAUAUGUAACAUGGUUGGGAAUUUAGUCUCCGUGGGCAGAGUGCUAUGGCAAUGGACAAAGACCAAGAUGCUGCCCACGCCUUCUAAAUUUCAUUACAUCUUCAAUCUUCGAGAUCUUUCCAGAAUUUGGCAAGGAAUGCUGACCAUCAAAGCCGAGGAGUGUGAAUCGAUUCCUGUGCUCAUGUCACUGUUCAAACACGAAUGCAACAGAGUGAUUGCAGACAGGUUUAUAACCUCUGAAGAUGAGCAGUGGUUUAAUCUCCAACUCAAUCGUGCUGUUGAAGAAAACAUCAGCUCGGACAUAGCGUCGUGCAUUCUUCCCGAACCGUACUUUGUGGAUUUUCUCCGUGACAUGCCCGAACCUACUGGGGAUGAACCCGAAGACACGCUCUUUGAAGUGCCCAAAGUCUACGAAAUGGUACCAUCCUUUGAGUUUCUGGCAGAGAAACUUCAGUUUUACCAGAGGCAGUUCAAUGAGAUUAUCAGAGGAACGUCUCUUGACCUGGUGUUUUUCAAGGACGCGAUGACUCAUCUCAUUAAGAUUUCACGAAUAAUCCGAACUUCCUGUGGGAAUGCCUUGCUGGUGGGUGUUGGUGGCUCGGGAAAGCAGAGUCUUUCAAGACUGGCUUCUUUUAUUGCUGGGUAUCAGAUAUUCCAGAUAACGUUAACUAGGUCUUACAACGUGAACAACCUUAUAGAGGACUUGAAGGCUUUGUACAAGGUUGCGGGGGCUGAGGGGAAAGGCAUCACCUUCAUCUUCACGGACAACGAGAUCAAGGAUGAGGCAUUCCUUGAAUACCUGAACAACUUGCUCUCUUCCGGGGAGAUCUCCAAUUUGUUUGCCCGAGACGAGAUGGACGAAAUCACCCAGGGCCUGAUAUCGGUCAUGAAGAAGGAGCUGCCUCGCCACCCCCCGACCUUCGAUAACCUGUAUGAGUACUUCAUCUCAAGGUCCAGGAGGAACUUGCACGUGGUUCUCUGCUUUUCCCCAGUUGGUGAGAAGUUUCGUGCCCGCUCCCUGAAGUUCCCCGGCUUGAUAUCGGGCUGCACGAUGGACUGGUUCAGUCGCUGGCCCAAGGAGGCUCUGAUCGCCGUGGCCUCCUAUUUCCUCUCGGACUACAACAUUGUCUGCUCCAGUGAGAUCAAAAGACAGGUGGUGGAAACAAUGGGCCUGUUUCAUGACGUGGUUUCUGAGAACUGUGAAAGUUAUUUCCAGAGAUACCGCCGAAGAGCGCAUGUGACUCCCAAAUCGUAUCUCUCGUUUAUAAAUGGUUACAAAAACAUCUACACUGAGAAGGUAAAAUACAUCAACGAGCAAGCUGAGCGGAUGAACAUUGGCCUUGAUAAGCUCAUGGAGGCGAGUGAAUCUGUCGCUAAGCUCUCGCAGGAUCUGGCAGUAAAGGAGAAGGAACUGGCCGUGGCUUCUGUAAAAGCCGAUGAAGUGUUGGCGGAAGUCACAGUGAGUGCCCAGGCGGCAUCCAAAGUGAAGAAUGAAGUGCAGGAGGUCAAGGACAAAGCCCAAAAGAUCGUGGAUGAAAUCGACAGUGAGAAAGUGAAGGCCGAGACCAAGCUUGAGGCUGCUAAGCCUGCCUUGGAGGAGGCUGAGGCCGCCCUGAAUACCAUCAAGCCAAACGACAUCGCGACGGUCAGGAAGCUCGCGAAACCACCUCAUCUUAUCAUGCGUAUCAUGGACUGCGUGUUGCUGCUCUUCCAGAAGAAGAUUGACCCGGUUACUAUGGACCCAGAGAAGCCCUGCUGCAAGCCAUCGUGGGGAGAGUCACUGAAGUUGAUGAGCGCUACGGGGUUCCUGUGGAGCCUCCAGCAGUUCCCCAAGGACACGAUCAACGAGGAGACGGUUGAGCUGCUGCAGCCGUACUUCAAUAUGGACGAUUACAAUUUUGAAAGCGCCAAAAAGGUCUGUGGGAACGUGGCCGGUCUGCUGUCUUGGACACUUGCCAUGGCGACGUUCUAUGGCAUCAAUCGGGAGGUGUUGCCGCUGAAGGCAAACCUGGCUAAACAGGAGGGCCGCUUAGCCGUGGCGAAUGCGGAGCUAGGGAAGGCCCAGUCCCUGCUGGAUGAGAAGCAGGCCGAGCUGGACAAAGUCCAAGCAAAAUUUGACUCUGCGAUGAAUGAGAAAAUGGAUCUGCUCAAUGAUGCUGACAUGUGCCGGAAAAAGAUGCAGGCGGCCUCCACGCUCAUCGACGGGCUGAGCGGGGAAAAAGUGCGCUGGACGCAGCAGAGCAAAGAGUUCAGAGCUCAGAUUAAUAGACUCGUGGGUGACGUCCUGCUGUGCACUGGCUUCCUCUCCUACCUCGGCCCUUUCAAUCAGGUGUUUCGGAACUACCUGCUGAAAGAUCAGUGGGAGAUAGAGCUGAAAGCGCGGAAGAUCCCUUUCACGGAAAACCUGAACCUGAUCGCCAUGUUGGUGGACCCUCCAACUAUUGGCGAGUGGGGGCUGCAGGGGCUGCCGGGAGAUGACCUGUCCAUUCAGAAUGGCAUUAUUGUGACAAAGGCCACCAGAUACCCUCUCCUCAUAGAUCCCCAAACCCAAGGAAAAACUUGGAUUAAGUCAAAGGAAAAAGAAAAUGACUUGCAGGUAACGUCACUAAACCAUAAGUAUUUUCGCACGCACCUGGAGGACAGCCUCUCGUUGGGUCGCCCCCUUCUCAUUGAGGACAUCCGGGAGGAGCUGGACCCAGCCCUGGAUAACGUGUUGGAGAAGAAUUUCAUUAAAUCGGGCACCACUUUCAAGGUGAAAGUUGGUGACAAGGAAUGUGAUAUCAUGGACACGUUUAAACUUUACAUUACUACGAAGCUACCAAACCCUGCCUUUACCCCUGAGAUCAACGCUAAGACGUCUGUCAUUGAUUUCACUGUCACGAUGAAAGGACUGGAAAAUCAGCUCCUCAGGAGAGUAAUUCUAACAGAGAAACAGGAGUUAGAAUCUGAGAGAGUCAAACUCCUGGAGGACGUCACGUUUAAUAAGCGGAAGAUGAAAGAGCUUGAGGAUAACCUCCUGUAUAAAUUAAGUGCUACAAAAGGCUCCUUGGUAGAUGAUGAGUCUCUCAUUGGCGUCCUGCGAAUCACCAAGCAGACGGCCUCAGAAGUCAGCGAGAAGCUCCACGUGGCGGCGGAGACGGAGAUCAAGAUCAACAUGGCCCAGGAGGAGUUCCGGCCGGCGGCCACGCGCGGCAGCAUCCUCUACUUCCUCAUCACCGAGAUGAGCAUGGUGAACAUCAUGUACCAGACGUCCCUGGCCCAGUUCUUGAAGCUGUUCGACCAGUCCAUGGCCAGAUCUGAAAAGUCUCCACUGCCUCAAAAGAGAAUUGCUAACAUCAUCGAGUAUCUGACGUAUGAAGUCUUCACAUACUCUGUCAGAGGUCUCUAUGAAAACCACAAGUUCCUCUUUGUACUUCUCAUGACCUUGAAGAUUGACCUUCAGAGGGGGACAGUUAAGCACAAAGAAUUCCAGGCUCUGAUUAAAGGGGGCGCGGCACUGGACCUGAAGGCCUGCCCUCCUAAGCCGUUCCGCUGGAUCCUGGACAUGACGUGGCUCAACCUUGUGGAGCUCAGUAAACUUCCUCAAUUUGCAGAAAUUAUGAACCAGAUAUCACGCAAUGAGAAGGGGUGGAAAAAUUGGUUUGAUAAAGAUGCUCCCGAGGAGGAGGUUAUCCCUGAUGGAUAUAAUGAUUCACUUGAUACCUGCCACAAACUUCUACUUAUCAGGUCUUGGUGUCCAGAUCGCACUGUUUUCCAAGCAAGGAAGUAUAUUGCAGAUUCUCUGGAGGAGAAAUACACAGAACCAGUCAUCCUGAAUCUGGAGAAGACUUGGGAAGAAAGCGACACGCGGACACCUCUCAUCUGUUUCCUGUCCAUGGGAUCCGAUCCCACCAUUCAAAUCGACGCAUUGGCCAAAAAGCUGAAGCUGGAAUGUCGAACUAUCUCCAUGGGACAAGGGCAAGAGGUGCAUGCUCGGAAGCUCAUCCAGAUGUCGAUGCAGCAGGGUGGUUGGGUUUUACUGCAAAAUUGUCACCUGGGCCUAGAAUUCAUGGAAGAAUUGCUGGAGACACUGAUAACCACCGAAGCCAGCGCGGAUUCUUUCCGGGUGUGGAUAACCACCGAGCCCCACGAUCGCUUUCCAAUCACGUUACUUCAGACUUCUCUCAAAUUCACCAAUGAGCCGCCCCAAGGUGUUCGUGCAGGCCUGAAAAGAACGUUUGCAGGAAUUAACCAAGACCUCCUGGACGUCAGUAACUUGCCCAUGUGGAAGCCAAUGCUUUACACUGUGGCGUUUUUACACUCCACUGUGCAGGAGCGGCGCAAGUUUGGUCCCUUGGGAUGGAAUAUUCCCUAUGAGUUCAACUCUGCUGACUUCUCAGCCAGUGUUCAGUUCAUUCAGAACCACCUUGAUGAAUGUGACAUUAAAAAGGGUGUCUCGUGGAGUACCGUUCGGUACAUGAUUGGAGAAGUACAAUACGGAGGCAGAGUGACAGAUGAUUUUGAUAAACGUCUCCUCAAUUGCUUUGCUAGAGUCUGGUUCAGUGAGAAGAUGUUUGAGCCGUCGUUCCAGUUUUAUACUGGAUAUAAAAUCCCCUUGUGCAAAACCUUGGACCAAUACUUUGAAUACAUCCAGUCACUGCCAUCCCUAGAUAACCCCGAAGUCUUUGGCCUUCACCCCAAUGCUGAUAUCACGUAUCAGAGCAACACGGCCUCCGCGGUUCUCGAAACGAUCACCAACAUUCAACCCAAGGAGAGUGGAGGCGGCGUGGGGGAGACCCGCGAGGCCAUUGUUUACAGGCUGUCUGAAGACAUGCUGAGCAAGCUGCCCCCGGAUUACUUGCCCCAUGAGGUGAAAGCUCGUUUGAUAAAGAUGGGACAUCUGAACUCAAUGAAUAUAUUUCUUCGGCAAGAAAUUGACAGAAUGCAGAAGGUCAUUUCCAUACUCCGCAGUAGCUUGAGUGACCUGAAACUGGCCAUCGAGGGCACAAUCAUCAUGAGCGAGAACUUGAGAGACGCCCUGGACAACAUGUACGAUGCUCGGAUACCUCAGCUCUGGAAGAGGGUGUCCUGGGAUUCCUCUACCCUGGGCUUCUGGUUUACUGAACUUCUGGAAAGGAAUGCUCAGUUUUCAACAUGGAUAUUUGAAGGGAGGCCGAAUGUGUUCUGGAUGACUGGUUUCUUUAAUCCCCAAGGCUUCCUCACAGCAAUGAGGCAGGAAGUGACCCGAGCCCACAAAGGCUGGGCACUGGACACCGUGACCAUCCACAAUGAAGUCCUACGGCAGACCAAGGAGGAGGUCACAACACCCCCUGCGGAAGGCGUGUAUAUUUACGGGCUCUACAUGGAUGGAGCAGCCUGGGACCGGCGGAACGGGAAGCUCACCGAAUCCACCCCAAAGGUGCUUUUCACGCAGUUACCAGUUCUGCACAUCUUUGCGAUUAACUCCACAUCGCCCAAGGACCCCAAGUUGUAUGUGUGCCCUAUUUACAAGAAACCCAGGCGAACAGACUUAACCUUCAUCACUGUGGUAUACUUGCGAACAGUGUUGUCCCCAGAUCACUGGAUCCUGAGAGGAGUGGCCCUGUUGUGCGACAUCAAGUAAGCUCGUUCCCACCUGAUGAGGGCAUGAGGAGAGCUGCCCACAGACCUGCUCUGG